AUGCUCAGAACACCACUAAUGAAGACAAACAGAAGGACGGAGGUGUGGAUGCACUGGGGUAGUCAAGCAGACAUAGAGGUAGACAAGGCGGACACAGACAGACAGGAAUGGCUGUGCACAGAACGCAGACAGGCUGGUAGACAGACAGACGUGGACACUAGCAGACAGAUGGACAGAGGCAAGCAGUCGGACAAAUACGUAAGGGAGGACGCGGACAGGCAGGACACAGACGGCAGGCACAGACACAAGUGGACAGACGGGGACGUGGACGGACGCAUGCAUACAAAGAGAAGGACAAGGACUGACGAAGACAAACACCUACAGGGACGUCGCAUGCAAAGACAAAGACAAAUACAUAACACAGACAGACAAGGACAGAACACUUACCUUCGGUGGCGCUCUUAUCCGUCCUUCAUAAGCUCCUCCUCGCACGUCCUGGACCACAGUCGCCCAUGUGGAUCUGUGGUCCUUUUCGCGAAAAGGGCUCGUGUGGAUCGCCAGGUGCCGACCAUUUGGGCGAUCCACGAAGAGUGUCGCACAACUGAAAAAAACUUAAAAGCUAUCCUGAAGUCAUAUAUGAACACGAAUCCUCGCAAUAAUUCCUAUAAAAUUCUUGUUUUGAUAUCAGAAAUAAGGUAA